AUGGAGAAGGACACAGCCGCACACAGGAGGCACAGGCCGGGCCCCGGGGCCCCUCCAUCGGGGGGAGCCCCCAGACACCUCAAGGCGGCCAGCGAGAUGGUCGAGCUGCAGCGCAGCAGGAGCGUGGGUGGUCUGCUGCAGAAGGGGGACCCUCUGCGCUGCGUCAAGAAGCUGAGCAGGGAGCUGGAGUCCGAGGACCAGGGAAGAGACCUACAGAGUGACACUGAGGAUGCCAACUGCAUCAUUGGCGGACAGCCCCCCAACACCACCAUCAUCGCCACAGACCCCCCCCCAGCACCACCAUCAUUGCCACAGACAGAGCCCCCCAGCGCCACCCCCAUCGCCACAGAACCAGCCUCGAGUAACACCGCCUACUCCUCGAUGCCUAGCAAGGGACACCUCUGCCUCCCCCUCCGCCCACUCACCCUCCCACCCCCAGGCACGCGGAAGGUCCUCCACACCCUGUCCCUCCCUGUCCUUAAGGCAGACCCAGAGGAAGAGAAGCAGGAAAAGAAUCGGGACUCCCUCAGGAAGUUGGACCCUGAUGGUGGCUGGGCGGGGCCGGCGGAACCGGAGUUGGAGUCCAUAAAGCUGGAUGAGCCUUUGGGAAAAGAGAAACCAUCUGUGUUUGUGGAGAUUGAUCUGGGAGACCAUGCGGAGGAGGUGGUCACAGGCACCAUGAAAGAAGAGAAGCAGUCCGAGAUGGACAUGGGGGGUUCGUCAGAAGACGAGACCAGGACCAGCUGGGUGUGCUGCAUCCCUUACUCCACCAGAAGGAAGGCCAAGGACAGUGUGUAA